AGUAACGUCGAACGGUCAGAAGAAUUUUCACAGGCAAGAUGGCGACAUCGGAGCCGCGAGGAACUGAAAAUGAAGAAGCCCGUGCUGAUAGUCCUACUGCUCCUACCGCUCCUGUAACAAGUCCUGAACUGUACAUCAAACACCCUUUGCAAAACAGAUGGGCUCUCUGGUAUUUCAAAAAUGACAAAAGCAAAAGUUGGACAGAAAAUCUGCGUCUCAUCUCCAAGUUUGACACAGUGGAAGAUUUCUGGGCAUUAUACAAUCACAUACAGCAGCCCAGUAAACUUGGAUUUGGCUGUGACUACUGCUUAUUUAAGGAUGGUAUCAAACCCAUGUGGGAGGAUGACAAGAAUAAACUGGGAGGAAGGUGGUUAAUGACCCUCGGCAAACAGCAACGACACAAUGACCUUGACCGCUACUGGAUGGAGACACUGUUGUGUUUAAUUGGUGAGUCAUUUGAUGAAGCCAGUGAAGAUGUGUGUGGAGCUGUGGUCAAUGUCAGACCAAAGGGUGAUAAAAUAUCCAUCUGGACGGGCAACUGCCAAAACAAGGAUGCUAUCAUGACGAUAGGGAAACAAUACAAAGACCGUUUGAGCAUCCCCAGCAAAACCCUCAUUGGAUACCAGUCACAUGAUGACACCUCUAGCAAAAGUGGCUCUACAACAAAGAAUAUGUACUCGUUUUGAAGAAAACAAAUUUCAGCUCAUUGUAGGUUUAUAAAAUUACAAAUUUGCAUCACAUUAAUACUUUUGAGUUGUCAUCUACUGUAGUGUCCUUUCUUUUUAAGAAAAAUAAAUAAAUUGUUAAAUAUGUAUCUUUAGUGCUCUCCAGCCUAAAAUAAUCAGCACUGUUAUCGUGUGGAUCAGGGGAUGUUUAAUUGUUUAGACCUGAGAGAGGACCACAUCAGUGACAAGUUGAGCUAGAUGUUACUGCUAUAAUUUUAGAAUCAGAAAGUUUAAAGGACUAAUCAAGACUUGCCUAGCUGAAGAUGUUCUAAGGCUUAGUUGAAAUGAGAUGCCAUUCUUUGCUUUAACAUUUCUUUCUCUCAUGCGUCAUGUUAUGAAGUGUUGCUCACCAUCAGACGAACAAAACAAAACGACAACUAAAAUUUUAAGGGCCCAAACUGUUUUAACAUGCUUUGUUUGGAGGUGUUUGGCAUGAGAAGUAAUUGCAGAUCGCCUGCAGACUGACUGAUCUUAAAGGUUUGUAAAGGAUUACCUUUGGUCGCACUCACUCCAAGUGUUGAAUUUGGAGGAGUGGUCAUUUAUUGUUUCAGCUAUGCUGAAAUUGUGUAAUCUUGCUUGUUGACCUAUCUUGAACAGUUGUGUUUCUCCCUUCCCGCUUCAUCUAUUUAUGAUAUAUGCAUUGCAGUUGAACUACAAUAUGAGAGGAAGAUCAUGAAAAUCAAGCUUAUAUUUUCUCUUAAUUUCAUUAUUUCUUUUAGGUUUUUAGCAAUGUGGAAUAUUGCUUCAACUUUUGUUUUUUUGCGUGAAUAUUUUUUUACAGUGUAUUCAGUGAAAGCCUGGACAUCCAUGCUUUUUAGGUUUGCUACCGCCUUUCACUCAUAUUGAUACUGCAGACAUUCUCUAGUUUGCACCACACUUUGGAUCAGUUAAAGAAGAGAGGAUAUUCAUUGUGAAUUUAUUUUGCUCAUAAUGUAUCUUUAUUAUCUGUAAUUCCAGGAUGUAUAUUACCUUCUUUCAAAAGUAAAGGUUAUGUGCUUUGCA